UGCACGCGGAGUGCGUCCGUGUUGUAAAACUUUAAGGAAGCGCGGCUUUUGUCAUCGUCCGCCGUUUGGUUUCCCUGCGCUGCCCUGCUACCCAGGAAGGUGGUGUUUUCUGUGAUUUGCCUUCUGCGUGUUUAAAAGCGACUUCCCUCUCGUUUUUAGUCGUGGGAUGCUAAAAGUUUGCGUUCAAGAAAGAUUUUGUGCGUUUUUCUGCUGGACUUGACGGACGCUUGACAGCUGCAGUCCGCCCGCCCCCCCCAAAAAAACAGCGACGGUGCUGCAGAGCUGCUGACCCCGGUGAGAGCAGAGGAGACUCUGACGGUGGCUGAGUUUGACCUUUUUUAGUGUCAUCAGUCCACAGCGCACACAGGUGAUCUGCAGCUGAAGUCAUUUAUGUAGAUGAACAUGGAAUUGGAUCUCGAUGGGAUAUUUCGCAACAACGACACCUAUGACUACGAUGAGGACUAUGAAUAUAAAGAGGACUUUGAUCAAAGGGCCAGUGACGCGGUGUUGAUCCCGCUUCUGUACUCCGUGGAGCUGGUUAUCGGUCUGCUGGGAAAUGGACUACUCCUGGCCGUUCUGGCUCAGAAGAGGCAGUCCUGGAGAAUAUCAGACACCUUCAUCCUCCACCUGAGUGUCACGGAUAUCCUGCUGCUGCUGACGCUGCCCCUCUGGGCUGCACAGGCCGCUCUGCAGAGUGGAUGGUGCUUUAAAGGUUUUUUGUGCAAGAUCAGUGGAGCAAUUUUUAAUAUCAACUUCUACUGUGGGAUCUUUCUUCUGGUUUGCAUCAGUAUAAAUCACUACCUGUCCAUCAUCGGCGCCACUCGGCUGUACUCCCAGAAUAACCCCAGGUUAGUUCAUAUCAGCUGCCUGUCGGUCUGGCUCGUCUCUCUUACCCUUGCCCUCCCCGAUUGCAUUUUCAUGGCGGUGACGAAAUCUUCAGAGAAAUUAAGGUGUGAUCACAGCUUCCCUCAGUCAGACACUGACUGGAAGCUGGUGUCACGCCUGCUCCACCACACACUGGGCUUCCUGCUGCCUGCAGGCGCCCUGAUCGCCUGCUGCUGUUGUAUCCUGCUGCGUCUACAGCGCCGCACCAAAAGCCUCCAGAAGAAGAGGGCCAUCAUGGUCAUCCUGCCCCUGGUAGUGGUCUUCUUUCUCUGCUGGAUGCCAUACAACAUCACACUCAUGGUGGACACUUUCAGGGGCGGCUCUAAGAAAUCUGUGGAUGUUUUAUCUGGGAAUCCUGAACAGUCGCUGAAUAAAGCUCUGAUGGUCACAUCUGGUCUGGCCUGCUUGCACGCCUGCCUCAGGCCUCUGCUCUACCUCGGCCUGUGUGGAAACUUCAGAAAAAGGAUGCUGGCCAUGCUGACACGAGCAGCAGUUGAAUCAGAGGACUCGCUGUGGGAGUUGGGUGUGGGCGAAGAGGCCCCGCCUGACCAGAAUCAUGAGGCCGAAGAGCUAAAACAGAUGACAAGUGUAGAUCAUCAGGUUCAGUCAACUCAGUGCUGAUCAAAACAAAAACAAAAACGCCAAUCCUGUGACUCAGAAGUGACCUGAAUAAUGCUCCACCCCUGAGGGGAAUUUAGUGUCAUGGGUUCAAGGGAUGAUGAAAUCAUGAUGCAAACAGAUAUUUAUAAAAAUGACGCUUUCACACUGCACUUUAAUGUGAAAGUUUCCGAGCCAAGUCAUGGUGACAUACGUUAGUACUUUUAUUUUUUUAAUCACUUGUCAAUAGCUUGUCACCCCAAUCAUGCAUUUCAUUCACUUGUGGACAUCUGUAUUUUUAUUGUGUAUUAUUUUUAUUAUUAAUAUUGAAAGCAAACUGUUUUUUAUAUUAUUUCAUAUAUUAGUGAAAGAUAUGUGCCAAUGAAGAGUUUUUAGUUGUUACACAAUCAUCAUAAAGCUAAUGCCGUAAUGGUAAACUGGUGGGAAUAAUAAGCUCUCGUCAAAACAGUAUAACAUAAUUACAGUAUGUAGUGUCAUUGUGAUCUGCCAUUAAACAGCCAGACGGAGUUUAUAACUUUAUUGCUGAUAACAAAAACUGUUUCACUUUUCAUAUUAUGCUGUUAUCAUCCAGCAGUAAAGACAGCGUGAAUUCAACAA